AUGGGUAAGCAGGACGAGAUCAAGACGAUGAAGCUGUACCACCACGUGGACCGCAUCGAGCGGCGGCUGCACGAAUUGGGCUACACGAACAACGAGACGUUAGUCGAUCCAGAGCAAUUGGGAACGCUCGACUCGCUGCACUUUUUCGGGGACGAACCCAUUUGCCGCAUUGUAGAGCUGCUCGCAGCAGUGCCUGGCGAGGCAAAGGUGCUGGACAUUGGCACGGGCUUUGGCGGCACUGCUCGAUUGCUCGCCCAUCGCAGUGGCUGCAAAGUGGACGCUCUGGAGUUGCAGCCGGAUCUGAGCAAAGCAGGCGAAGAGCUCACGCGACGUUGUGGACUGAGCCAUCAGGUGAGGCACUGCAGUGGCGACUUUUUGGAGCGCCCCGUGCAGCACAACGAGUACGACGUGGUCGUGGGGCUGCUGUGCUUCCUGCACAUUGGUCACUGGCAACAGCUCUUCACGCGCUGUUUCGACAGUCUCAAGCCUGGUGGCGUCUUGUACGUGGACGACUUUUUCUUGCGUGGCGACGCGCUGACGGAAGAAGAUCAACGGACACUGAAACAGGACGUCUACUGCGCCGAGUUGCUGCGGCAAGAGCAGCUAACGGCUCUGUUGACGACGUGCGGCUUUGCGGCGCUGGCGUUUGAAGACACGACGACCAAAUGGCGGCCCUACGUGAUGGACAGGGCACUGCACUACCACGCCGCGCUGGACACGCACAUUGCGCGCGACGGUGAGGCAGCAGCUCGAAGUCUCGACCAGUUCUACACUUGCGUUGGACAGCUCUUUCGUGCUGGAAACGUCGGAGGGUACACGUUGGUCGCUCGCAAACCGCUUUGA